CUCAACGACAUCGCGCUGCUGGAGCUGGAUCGGCCCGUGGAGUGCAGCGAUUCCAUCGAGCUGGGCUGCCUGCCCGGAGACUCCCUGCACCUGGGCCAGCUCAAGACCUGCUACGUCGCGGGCUGGGGGACCACCUCGGCCAGAGCCCAGGGCCCCAGCGAGAAGCUGCAGGAGGCCAAGGUGCACCUCAUCGACACCAAACUCUGCAACAGCAGCCGCUGGUACGCGGGGGCUGUGCACACCCACAACCUGUGCGCGGGGUAUCCUCAGGGCGGCAUCGACCCCUGCCAGGGAGACAGUGGGGGUCCCCUGGUGUGCCGGGACCCCCAUGCUGACCACUUCUGGCUGGUGGGGGUGACGAGCUGGGGCAGGGGCUGGGCCAGGGCCCUCCGGCCAGGGAUCUACACCUCCACCCAGCACUUCCACACCUGGAUCCUACUCCAGCUGGGACUGCGCUCGGCCCCUCCCACACCAUGGUCCCCCUGGAGUCCCGUGUGGGACCCGGGACAGAGCCGCCUCGGCUCCAGGCCACCUCUGCACCCCACCCUGGAGCAGCUCAUCAGAGCGCUGCAGGAUCUGCUGAGCUGGCUGAGAGAUGCCAUGAGAUGA